AUGACUGCCUCAAGCUCGUGCCACCAGCUUGCGCACAACAGCAAACGCGAUGGUGACCCCAAGAUGAUCGGCUUGUGGAAGAUCGGCAGGACUAUUGGCAAGGGCAGCUCAGGUCGCGUGAGGCUUGCACGACACACGAAGACGGGCCAGUACGCAGCCGUGAAGAUCGUCUCCAAGACCGCACUCCUCAACUCUCGCAUGUCCCUCAGUAGCCUCGGAGAAGAGGCGGAGCGCAUCCUCCACAGCAUCGAGCGCGAGAUCGUCAUCAUGAAACUCAUCGACCAUCCGAACAUCAUGCGCCUCUACGACGUUUGGGAGACGUCCACUGAGUUGUACCUGAUCCUAGAGUACGUUGAGGGCGGUGAGCUCUUCGACUACCUCUGCAACAAAGGCCGUCUCUCCGCCCCAGAGGCACUCACCUACUUCCACCAAAUCAUCACCGCGAUUGACUACUGCCACCGCUUCAACAUCGCGCACCGUGACCUGAAGCCGGAGAACCUCCUGCUCGACCGAAACAAGAACAUCAAGGUGGCCGACUUCGGCAUGGCCGUCUGGCAGGGCAAGGACAACAUGCUCCAGACCGCGUGCGGAAGCCCCCAUUAUGCCGCACCCGAGGUUAUCAUGGGCGACGCCUACGACGGCACAGCGUCCGACAUCUGGUCCUGCGGCAUCAUCCUCUACGCGCUCCUCGCCGGUCGCCUUCCGUUCGACGAUGAGGACCUGCCCACGCUACUCGAGAAAGUCAAGAUCGGCAAGUUCACGAUGCCGUCCGACAUCGACCCGCGUGCGCAGGACCUCAUCCGCCGCAUGGUCACGAGCGACGUCCGCAAGCGCAUCACCAUCCCGGACAUCCUCCGCCACCCAUUCUACACCAGCCAGAAGCCGAAGCCGAUGAGCUGCGACAUCCCGAAGCUGGACGAGAUCGCACGCCCGCUUGGCAGCGCGGCUGACAUCGACGCGGACAUCUUCGCGAACUUGCGCACGCUCUGGCGAGGUAUGCCUGACGCCCAAAUCAUCGCGCGCCUGACAGACCCCGCGCCGUCCUGGGAAAAGGGCGUGUACCACCUCCUCGUGCAGUAUCGUGCCAAGCACACGGGCGACUACGACGAAGAAGAGGAGUCGCGUACUGCAGCGCGGCGCACGAAGAGGCGUAAGGCCAGGCGCGCAGCCGAGGCGGAGGAGAGGGAGCAAGAGCGCGCCGAGCUGCCGCCGCGAACAGGCCCCCCGACGCCGUCGCGCGCGGGUGCACGCAUGCGUGGGGGCCCAGGGAGGUCCCGGUCGCCAUCGCCAUCUCCGGGCGCGGGCCCGAGUCGGGCGCAGCGUACACCGCUGGGGAACGCCGCCGACCCCGCGUUGACUCCGAUGACGGUCACCUCGGCCUGCGACGCUCUCUCGCCCACUCUUGAGGCUCUUCUAUCACCUCGGUCGCCCCUUGCCGCGUUGAAUAUCCCGGAGGUUGAGGACGUGCGCGUGCAGCAGUUCCUCCAGCAGAUCGUCCAGCACCUCGCCGUGAUGAAGGCCAGCACCGGGGAUACCCCCCAUCGCAACCAGACUCAGGAUGAGUACGACGAGCUCUUCGCCCCGCUCGCUACCACCCCAGUCGCCAAGUCCAAGAAGCAGAAGCCACAGGCCCAGCGACAGUUCGGAGAUCAGGUUCACGGACAAGUCGUCGCGGACGACAGUGCGAUGGAUCCGUUCGAGAUCGUCGAAAUACCUCGCGAGUGCGCGACGCGCCCAUUGAGCGUCCGCAAGCCGCCGUCGAAGGGCGCGGACAAGGAGAACACGUCAGGUCCGCCUCGGUUGUCCGUCAAGACCGACCUCCCCGGUCGCAAGUCCUCGCAGCGCAGCGGCACGACGACGACCUCCGACAACUCCUCCCCGCGAACGCAGCUCCUCUCUCCAUCCGGCUACGGCGAGGAGCGUGGACGACUCCGGAAGCGCUCGCCCGCGCUCUCCCCCGCGUCGCCCGCAUCGGCGUUCUCCGAGGGCUCCUUCGUGCUGCCGUCUACCCCACGACGGCGCUGGUUCGGCGCGCUCACGCUCUUCCGCGCGCGCCCCACGUACCGCCUGCUCUCGACGCAGGACGCGGCGCACACACACGCGACGUGCCGCCGACUCCUCGAGAGCAUGGGCGUCACCGUCGCGUCCGGGGCGUAUGCUGCGGGCUCGGACGCGCUCGUGCUCGCGUGCACGCUCACAGAUGUGAGCACGGGCGCAGCGGGGAGCGUGAUGGCGGUGGGGAAGGGCGUGCGGUUCCGUGCAGAGAUUCGGAGGCCAGGUGCGGAGUGCGAGGCGGCGGGGUAUCCGGUGAUGCUGCAGCUGGCGCUGGAGAAGGGCGCGGCGGGGAGCUUGAAGCUGAUAUAUGCGAGGCUGAGGAGGGAGUGGGACUUGGACAGCCCACCGGUGCCAAUGUCGAGUGAGCAGGAGGAACGGUUCGUCCAGGUGGUAUAUGCGACCUAG